AUGGUUGGUAUCAAAAAGGCUUUCGGUCCGUGUAUUCGACAUAGUAGAAGUGACCAUGGUGAAGCUUCAUCAGAAAAUUACGAAUCAAUCAGAGCUUCUGUGACAAAGGAGUUUGAAGGUGAAUUAGAGAAAAGGGUAGAGAAAAGGGUGGCAGAGGCCCUCCAAAAGCAACUAAGCACCUUGUUAAAAACAGGACAACUAAACUCCAUUUCUACCCCGAUACCUGAUGACCUCCACUUAAAUGAUUCUGCCAGAGUUGACCUUGAUGUUAGUGCUACAAGAACCACUCGUCACAUCUUAGUGCCGCAACCACGCGAGCUAAAGGAAAGGACUCCAUGUCGUCUUGCCCUUGAGGAGAAAGUUUCAGGCAACAACAUUGUCGUGGCGGAUGGUAUGGUACAACCCUCAGAUGGUGCAUUGCCCCAACAUUUUACAUCGAUGAAGCCUGGUCACUAUAAAGUCCAAGUUGAUUUUGUUUACGACGGACAUGUUGAUGAUAUUCUUCCGGUACCUACGGGAGAUGGUUUCACUAACUUAGGCGGUGCUCUGGGUAGUUUUGUGCAAUGGCCCAUACACUUAGUGAUUUUCGAAGACGGCGAGGAUUGUACUUCACCUCCUAAAAAGAAGUCCAAGUCUAAUGUUUCUAAAGAGAGGGAUGGUAGCUCCAAGAAAAAGACAACGGUGUUAGCGGCCCAAAAGAAGACAACAGACUUACCAUCCAAGGUAAACCCUCUAAAACUCAUUCGAACCUAAAAUGACAUUUCCG